AUUGCAAGAAAUAUUUUUUUCAAAACUUCAUUAAGCAAAUAUGGCUGUACCAUUUUCACAUAGAAUAGAAGGUCAAAUUCAAGGUCAUUUUACUACAGUUCAUGUUCAAAAUGAGAAUGUAGGAGAAUUGGAUCCUUAUUUUGUGGCACAAUUUUUUCAUGAACUUGGAAGUGUAUGGCAUUUGAUUGAUGGCAGUGGCAAUCAACAUGAUGUUGAAUUCAAUAUGUCAGCGACAAAACCACUGCUAACUAAUGGUUGGCCAACAAUAAGAAAUCAUUAUGAAUGGAUAGGAAACAUCGAGAUUACUUUUUUCUAUCAUGGCAAUAAUUCAUUCCGCUUGAUCCCUUCUACUGCACAAAUUCUCCCAACAUUUUUUCCAACCUUCCACAGCUCAAGCACUUAUGGAAAUGACAAUCGUUCUUUUAAAAUCGUAAUGAACCAAACCACAAUCAACUCAAAUUACCUGGUUCUUCCAAGGAAAGUUGGAUUAUUUCUAUUACAAACAAAUUAUUCUGAAGUUAAGCUUUGUGGACCUUUAAACAAUGUCGUUACUUGCACAUUAACAACUGCAACUGAAGAUCAAAUCACUACCAAACUUGGAGAAGGUUGGGCAACAUUUUGUCAACUCAAUAACAUCGUCGAAGGGAAUAAGCUGAAAUUCACAUGUGAGCAAAAAAUGCAGUAUAAUAAUGUUCUUAUUGUAACAUUGAUAUGAUCGAUCAAGGCUUUUUUUUUUUAACUAUAAGUACUACAAGUAUCGUGCAAAUGAUGUAUUGUUUUUCAUUCAAUAAUUUAGAUCAAAUGUUGUAGCAU